UUCUUAUCAGAUUUAUGAACCUACAAGGACUUUCUUCUUUUCUGUAAUACAUAUGUAUUAAUUGUUGCACACAGACAAAAACAUGAGUUGAAAAAUUCUGAAUAUUUAUGGUUUCAUAAUGUAAAUUUCCAUAUCCAUUUGAAUGCCAAAUGCAGUUAAGAAGUCGAUUAUUCAGUCAUAUUCAAAGUGAAUCCAUUCAGUGUUUGCAUAAUUACUAAAGCUGGUCACACACUAAGGUAUAUAAACAUGUUGACUAAGCUCUUGGCUUAUUCAUUCACUCAAUAUCUAAAUUCCGAAAGGCUGCAGAACCAUCAAUGUAUGAUAUCAGAGAGAUUGUAUAAUUGUGUAGGUUGGUAGAAGUUUUUGGAGGUACUUGCCAUAAAGGCAGAGGCAGCAAGUACUAUUCUUCCAAAAUGUACAAGACGAACAGUAAUAACAUCCAGAAUAUACCCAUCUUCAUAUUUUUUCUGUCGAUGCUACAUUACCCGUAUAGUUGAAACAGCGUAUUUAAACCCAGUAUUCACUAAUACUUUACACAAUGAGGCUGUGUACUGAGUUAAACUGCCUUUGAGAUCUAGUGACAUGCUUUUGUGAACCUAAAAGUGGCGAAUUUUUUGGUCAGUUAUUCCUCAGAUUUUGGGUGUCUGUGCUGUGACACUGUGGUUUCAUAGGUAAUUACUGACGUUUCGGAGGGGUGCUGCCUCAAUUUCCCAGGUUAUGUUGUCACGCUAGGACGGUAAUUUGUGGGUUAGGUUAGGUGAGACAUCAGGUAAUUAAAUAAGGAAUGGUAAGAUUACGUUGAAUUUUUCAUGUGAGAGGUUAAUUGAGGCGAGACAAACUGAUGGAGUUAAUUUGCUACGGUUAGAAAAUACUGGUUUGGAAAAUGUAAGUUCUAAGGAAGGCUUUAUAUGCUUCUAAUGAACGCUGCAAAGAACUCAUGAGGAAAUAUGUAUAUUUCGGUACGGAGUAAGCUUUUUGGCUUGCUAUAAUUAAUCUUCGAUUUAUACUUCUUCCUGGUAGCAGUAGAACUGUACCGUAAUAACAUAAAGUCUGUUCUACGAAGAGAUCCAUAUAUGCCUGCGCAAGGCGCGCCGCAAGUGCCAACAUAGGCUAGAAUAGAUAGCGUUAGGUAGUCUUAAGUUUUGGUAAUCUGUGCUCGAGCGCUGGUUUUUGUCGAGCAGUGUUCCCAUGUGUAUGGAAUAGGUGCUGAAUGCUUCGUUAUGUAAAAUAUACAACUGUGUGUCACGUAUGUAAAACAUCUUUACGGAAGGAAGAUUUACACAGCUCUGGUGUAAUGUCUAAGCAGCAUUCUAAUAAAAAGAAAUCCAAAUGUUUCAGUGAAGAAAUGAAGUAAUAAGACCACAUCACUAACCAUAGGAAACAAUGUGGGCAGCAUUUCAAUGAUCAUACUAGAAGGGAUGAUAUUCUUCCUCAACACUCAGAGACAUGUUGGGAGCAAAUUUAUGAUAAACUACAAGGACUGAAUAAUGUGGAAAUUGACAGAUUCAUUGUAGGAGAGGACUCCAUGGUUGGCAUUCAUGUUGGAAGAGGCCUAUGGAGCAUGUUUCUGUGUUUACAGUGUUGAUAAAGAGGGAGACAACUCAGAAGUGCCAACCCAUUGCUGAUGGUGUAGUGUCAACUGACAAGCUUGGAAAUGUUAUUAUUAGAAUUCAAGCCAAGCCUGGUGCCAAGCAAAGUAAUAUAACAGAUAUUGGAAGUGAGGCAGUAAGUGUGCAGAUAAAUGCUCCUCCUGUGGAUGGUGAGGCAAACACAGAACUUGUUCAGUAUUUGGCAACUGUUCUUGGUCUCAGGAGAAGUGAUAUUUCACUAGACAAGGGUUCUCGGUCAAGACAGAAGAGAAUUGUCGUGACACAUGGCACUUUGACAGCAGAGGAAGUAAUGAAUAAGUUGAAACAUGAACUGGAAACGCAUUAAGAAAAUCUAUUAUUGUUAUUGACAUUUUUGUUGUGUCAUGAGAGGUGAGCAUAUCAGUCUGUUAUUUAAAAUUUGAGGUUUUUGUGGCAGUGAGAACGAUGAUGCUGUGAUUCUAGUCUUUGACACUAUAUAGAUUGAUCUGUAUCUGCCACUGACCAUGGAUGAGUCUAUGCAUUGCCAAGAUCCAGGAUAGCAUCAGCAGAUCUUUUAUUAGGUUUCUUACUGGAUGAUGAUAAUCUGGUAUUUUUGUUUUAACAAUGAUAAUGAGAAAGAUGUGGAUGGAUACAUUCUCAGUGACAGUGUUGAUUCCAAGAGAAGCACUGGAUCAUAUUUAUUUGUUGCAUGAGAAUACAUGUUCAGCUCACACACUUCAGUUGAAGUGUUUAUAAAUUCUCUAAGUAAUGGUUACACUACCAGUAUCGAGUGGUUUGGGUCCAGUAACUGAACGUAAAUGACAAAGACACUCAUGAAGAAUUAUUAGUGGUUUGAACUAAAUUUCAGGCGUAAAAAAGUUCUCUUGUACAAUACAUCAUCCUUGAACCUGGCUUUCCAGGCUUAUGUUUGUACAUGAUUUUCUUAAGCACUAUUUGUAUAAUCUUGUUGCUAAAUGCUGGAUACAAUUAUGCAAUUGAACAAGUGAAGCAUUUCAGUCUUGAAUAGUUGUCAUAUUUGUUAUGCCAUACAUCGUCGUGUGUCAUUUUCUCAUUACUGAAUUCCAAAAAUAAAGAUGCAGCCUUACAAAAAAUCAUACAUAUCUUUUAAUCUGCUGACUCUAAAAUUAAGAAAUAAAAGUAUACUCAUGCAAACAAAACAUACAAAUUGUUUCAUUUAUAAAAGCCAUAUAAAUCUGUACAAAAACUUGUUUAUUUUUCUAAUUAAAAUACAUAAUUGUUGUUACUCAUGUGACAAACACAAGCUUGCCGCAUGUAUACAACAUUGGGGAAUUUA